AUGAAGGUCGCCAUUAAAGAAUGGAAUGCAGUUGCUACUUGGCACUGGAAUAUCCCCGAGGAUGAAGUGUGUGGCAUCUGUCGUGUUCAGUUCGAUGGCACUUGUCCAACCUGCAAAUUCCCUGGCGACGACUGCGCGCUUGUGCAAGGAAGAUGUAACCACGCUUUUCAUAUGCAUUGCUUGAUGACCUGGAUUGACCUGGAGUCUUCCAAGGGACUAUGUCCAAUGUGCCGACAAAAAUUCGAAUGGAAGGACAAGGAAUAACGGCCAAUUUAGU